AUGGCGCCUAUCAACCUUUCACACAGGCGGACGCACAAUUUGCUCUUGAUUUCGAAGCUCUUGAGCUUGCGCGACACUGCGUCGCCCCUCACACUUGUCUUGGAUUCUUUGGAGCAACCGGCUACGCCACUCCUGAAAGAAUACAUUAGACGUGCAAAGCUGUCCAAAGUCCAUGUCACGCUCAUCGCUUUUGAAACCCUGAAGCAACCCGAUGGAGUCGAUGCUUUUGUAUCAACACGCCGCAAGAGCCCGGCUGAUAUAGUUAAAGAAGUGAGCGCAGUUUAUCAGCCUGUUGCAGCCUCCAACCCCUCACGCAUUGAUCCUGGGUUCCAUCUGCCAUCAUUCCUUGGCUCGUUCAUUGCUCCCACGUCGCCAUCGUCCAAGGUUGAUGCGUCACUCGUGGUGACAUAUCAUCAAGAUGUCCCCGAACUUCCACGGCAAAGUCCCUACUCGCCACCACCUAUUUCUGAAUUGACAUACCUCGCGACGAGCAUUAUCACACUCCAUUCAUUCUCACACGUUCUAGCACAGAAGGCUGCUCGCGACCGCAGUCUAGCUCCUCCAGUCUUCGGCCUUGAGGAAGAGCAAGAAGGCGUUCUCCUCGGCCGAUUGGAUAGAUUGGCCGGUACUGGCAAAGCCGAGGGAAUUGUCAUUGAGCUGGAGCACAGGCGGAAGAGUGGCCGUGGUGUACUGGAGUGGUACCUUCUCCCGCCUGCGUCGCGGUAUUCGCCACAGUAUCUGAAAGAGAUUGUGACGUUGCUUGACGAUAAUGUUUUGUACAACCCUCCCAUGGAGCAAGAUCCAGGCGCCGGCGACGAGGAACCGACAUCGACCUUUGAGCUGGGUCUCACCGACCGACAGAGGCGCGAAAGAGAAGGUGUUGUGUUGCCGUACUUCGACGCACAGCAUAACGAUGGCCCAGGCGAAGGUGGCCGGAUUCUUUACGACAUGGGAGAAGAAGACGAUUUCGACGAAGAAGAGGAUGAGAUUUAG